UGUGCGGUCAGGCUGUGAGGGAUCAUGAUGUGUUUAAGUUUUGUGAGAGGAGCAGCAGCAGGGUGACGGUUUGUUUAACGUCAAACUCCUGUGCCUGUAUUUAAUAUCUGUCACUUCAGCCGCACGCCGAGAGGCAGCUUUCAGUCAUGGACUUACACAUACUGGACCACAGGCUCCGGGUCACCAGCAUAUCCAAGAACGGGCUGAUGCAUUUCACAUACUCUCUGAUCAAACUGAUAUUUCUGCGGAACAGGACACGAUCUAAGUUUUUCAGUCUCACUGAGACGCCUGAGAACUACACAGUGGUCCUUGACGAGGAAGGAUUUAAAGAACUCCAGCCCUCUGAGCACCUCAAAGUGGAAAGCUCCAUCUGGCUGCCGCUCAAUGUGGUCUCCAACGGCAACACCUCCAGCAGCUCACAAGCUGUGGGCGUGACCAAGAUUGCCAAAUCGGUCAUCGGUCCUCUGGCCCAGCAGCAUGUGUCCGUCUUUAUGCUCUCCACUUAUCAGACAGACUUUAUCCUGGUGAGAGAAAAAGACCUGUCUGUAGUCAUCAGCACUCUGGAGGAGGAAUUCAAUAUCUUCAGAGAGGUGGGAGGAGAGUCUGUCCUUGUGCAGGAUGUUUCCAAUGGCCUUCAGAAGAACGGUCAGCAAGCCAUCCAGCCCACACUUCACCCGGUGUUCAUUCCCCAGAACCAGUUUUGUGUCAUGUCUCUGGACCCAGAUAUGCUCCCAUCCAUCGCCACAACACUCAUUGAUGUCCUUUUCUACUCCAGCGGUCCAAAAGAAAGUGCACAGUCACCUCCCAGCCAGGAUUUGGACUCUUUCAAGUUCUUCUCCUUCUCCCUCAUCGAUGGCUACAUCUCACUGGUGAUGGACACAGAGGCUCAACAACAGUUUCCUGCUGAUCUUCUCUUCACCAGCAGCUCUGGUGAGCUGUGGAGGAUGGUACGCAUCGGAGGACAACCUCUGGGCUUUGAUGAGUGUGGUAUUGUUGCACAGAUUUCUCGCCCUCUGGCUGACAGCAACAUCUCCGCUUAUUACAUCAGUACCUUCAGCUUCGACCAUGCUCUGGUGCCGGAGGAGGACAUUGUGACUGUGACAAACAUGUUACAGCAUCAGAGGAAAGAACAAGCUUCUCUCUGAUUUUUGAAGCCUCCUCUGCGCUCUGAAGAUUCUGGCUCAGUGUGGCCCCUCCCUCUGCUCCAAAGCCAGCAGCCAGAGGUCACAAUAUUGUGUCUGUAUGAACACUGCCUUUCAAGCAGUAUUAAGUAUUACAAACCUGUUGCCAUGACCACCAGACCCACUUCUGUUUGGUGAGGUGUCCUGUUUGAUCAGUCCGCGGUCAGACGCGGCAUGUUUUUCGGUCACACUGAACACAUGUAAUUGCACAAUCACAUCGAAACACAAACUUGUUCAAAAGCACAAAGUGAGAAAGAACUCUUGUGUGAUGACCUCUGCAGCUUUCAUGAAGAACUACAGUUGUGUGCUGUGUACGUUGAAAUGCUUUAAACAUUAUAUUCUGCAUACAGCAGAGAACACAUUUCUCUGGUGAUAAGGCAAUUUUGCCUUCUUGUAAUAUUUAUAUCAUAAUGUGUCUGAGUGAUCCUGUCGUGUCGACUUUAAUGUGAAUCUGAAAAAUACAACUGUUAACAUGUGACUGUAGUUCUCAAACACAAACAGAUCUCUUUUUCUUCUUCCUUUUUUCAAAGAAUGUCGAGGUAGGUGUUGUAUUAAAAACUACUUCAAUUACAGUCCUGAGAGACAAGAGGCUGUCAAUGUUCAACACUUUAGGUCAGUAUUUAACAAUAGAAUAAGGUAAAUAAAAUAAUAAAUAAAACACUAAGGCUUUUUGUUGUUUACACAAUAAACUUUCUUUUUUUGUAACUGGUUA